CUAUCAGAGUGCCCCCUCUCUCCUGAGCCACGCUGUCUUACUCUUCAUGUCUCUCUUGCUCCUCGAUCAGAUCUCCUCCAUGUCAGCCAGUUUUUGUUUUGGACAGUGACAUCUGGUUCUACUGGGAUACAAGAGUUUUGGGACUGCUUCACUUACAGCUCCCCUCCACCUCCUCCUCCUCUUGCUGUUAUCCCAUACAUCACAGCCUAUGACAGCAGAUCAGCCGACAUGGCAUUCUCAUCUCGUUUUUCCUUCUGGGAGCAAAAGAUCAAAGACGAGAACAAGCCAGGCAGCAAAAGUUCAGACAGUGAUGGGCUUUCUAGUCGGGCCAAGUCAGUACCAGCACUAGAUCCUGGCAGAGGGUUAUUCCGGGCAAAAAGUCCUCCAUCAGUUUCACCAGCAGAGUUAGCAGCCCGGGCCAGGAGUCCUUCUCCACCACAAGUCAGGACACCUGUUAAAGUGCCAGAGCGUUUCAAAAGUCCUGAGCCACUGCCAAAGACAGCAGCACAAUUUAGGAGUCCUAAACCUCCACAAGCUCCUUUGAGUCCAAAGCCAAUUCUUAACAGUAAGCAAGAACAAAAUGGGACAGUAGCCAAAAGCAUGGUCAAUGGUACAGCAAAUGGUAAUAUUAACCAUCCGGGCACAAGCACCAACCAGGUGGAAAGUACAGAUGACCAGGGUCUGACACGUAAGAAGGUAGUAAAGGUGGUUCGUUGUGUUGUCAGGAAGGUCCUACCCACAGAAGAGGAAGAGACCACUGUACCAACACAAAACACAGACAAAGCUCCAGAAGCAACCAAACUUUCUGGCGAACCCGUUAAAGGAGUACCAGUGGCAGCCCCGACCUCAGUGUCCAAGGCUCAUGUGAUGUCAGGAUUCUCUUUUAAACAUGAUGUCAUCAAAACAGAGGAAAGUGAUGACAUUUCAAGAGGACUGACAAAUCUUAUGAUUAGAAGCAGGGCAAGGGAGCCCCGUCCACGAAUACGCAAAGAAGAACGACCAGAAAAACUAGAGCUGGAAAAGAAAAAAGACCAGAAAGAGAAUAAUUUUGAGCCAGAGGAGACAAAAGAGGAACAGAAAGAGGAUAAAACCACCCCAAAAUCACAGGACAUUAAUCACAAACCUGCAAGCUGUGUUCCAGUUAUAAAGGAAGUCCUCUAUCCUGUGGUUGCUGUAAACACAAUGAACAUAGCUUCUGUGGGCUCAGCACCAACUUCUUCCAAACCAACUCAUUCCAGACCUUUAUCUCUCCCACCAGUUGUGGGCUCUAUCCCACCUCUCAAACCCACACCAUUGGCUCCACCUUCUGGCUUCAUACCUGAACUCAAUACAACUGCCACUGCGAAACCCACCACAGCAACCCCCGCUUCUACCAGCCCAGCAACCCCCAAAUCUUCCUCCCUCUCUUCUCCAUCACAUUUAAUCCCAGCCCCUAAAUCCUCUCCAACUGCAAAUCCUGUGAACCCUGAUCGUCCACGUCUCAAUCCUGGUCCACUGUCUCCCCCUUCCGCAGUCAGUCCCAUUCAACAACCUGCUAUCAGUCAACAAGAGGAGGCAUCGCUCAGUCCCACUGAGGAGGCUCAGCGACGCCUGAUGAGGAUCUUCAGUGCCCCUCUGGAGCCGGCAGUUAGUGUUUCAUCUUCUGUCCAAGCCUCCGUCCCUGCAGCCCUUCAGCCCCAGGGCUCACUUCAGGGAUCCGUGGAAGAGGAUCCUUUUACGCUCCUCCAAGCUUCUCAUGCUGCAGCUAAGCAAUCACAGGUGAAGACAGAAGAGCAGAUUGCAGCAGAGCAGGCCUGGUAUGGAUCAGAGAAAGUCUGGCUUGUCCACAAAGACGGCUUCUCCCUGGCCACCGUGGUGAAGACAGAGGCUGGCUCCUUGCCAGAGGGCAAGUUGAAGAUCAAGCUGGAGCAUGAUGGGACAGUAUUGGAUGUGGACGAAGACGAUGUUGAAAAGGCCAACCCUCCAUCAUAUGACCGAUCAGAAGACCUGGCUUCACUGCUCUAUCUGAAUGAAUCCAGUGUGAUGCACUGCCUGCGGCAGCGCUAUGGUGGCAACCUCAUCCACUCCUAUGCUGGACCCAACAUGGUGGUCAUCAACCCCCUUAGCACGCCCUCCAUGUACUCUGAGAAAGUGAUGCACAUGUUCAAAGGUUGUCGGCGUGAGGACACUGCCCCUCAUAUCUACUCUGUUGCCCAGUCAGCUUACCGCAAUCUGCUGACCACUCGACAGGAUCAGUCAGUGGUGCUGCUGGGCAAGUCUGGCAGCGGCAAAACCACGAACUGCCAGCACCUGGUCCAGUACUUGGUCUCCAUUGCGGGCAGCACGGGCAAAAUCUUCUCUGCUGAGAAAUGGCAGGCAGUCUACACCAUCCUGGAGGCUUUUGGCAACAGCUCCACUGCUAUGAACACCAACGCUAGCCGCUUCUCCCAUGUAGUGUCCCUGGACUUUGACCAGGCUGGGCAGGUGGCGUCUGCUUCCAUACAGACCAUGCUGCUGGAGAAACUGAGAGUGAGCAGGCGACCUGAGGCGGAGUCCACCUUCAAUAUCUUUUACUACAUGAUGGCUGGAGCUGACAGCAGCCUGAGAACUGAGCUGCACCUUAACCACAUAGCUGAGAACAGUGCUUUUGGAAUCCUCCCUCAGUCUAAGCCUGAAGACAAGCAGCGAGCCUUGCAGCAGUUCACUAAGCUGCAGGCCGCCAUGAAGGUGUUGGGCAUCUCUGGUGAAGAGCAGAAGGCACUUUGGCUCAUCUUGGGGGCCAUUUACCAUUUGGGAGCUGCAGGGGCCACUAAAGCUGGACGUCGGCAGUUUGCCCGUCAUGAAUGGGCCCAGAAGGCAGCCUAUCUUUUGGGCUGCACCUUGGAGGAGCUGUCCUCUUCGAUCUUUAAGCAUCAGGCCAAAGGCCUGAAGCGCUCUACCUCAUUUAGAGGAGGACCAGAUGAGGCGGGCCAGGGUGAAAGCUCAGGCUCUAAGGUCACAGCUCUGGAGUGUUUGGAGGCCAUGGCAUCGGGACUCUACUCUGAGCUCUUCACUCUUGUCAUCUCCCUAAUCAACAGGGCUCUGAAGUCCAGUCAGAACUCUUUGUGUUCCCUGCUGAUUGUGGACACUCCAGGUUUCCAGAAUCCUCGGCUGGCUCAGCAACAGCGGGGAGCCACAUUUGAAGAGCUCUGCCACAACUACACCCAGGAGAGACUGCAGACACUGUUCCAUCAACGUACCUUUGUCCAGGAGCUGGAGAGAUACAAGGAGGAAAACAUAGAGCUUGCUUUAGAUGACAUAGAGUCCAGUACCUCACUGUCCGUAGCAGCUAUUGAUCAAGCCUCAACCCAAGCACUGGUUCGUACUCUGGCCAGGACGGAUGAGGCUCGAGGUCUUCUGUGGCUGAUGGAAGAGGAGGCUGUUCAACCUGGAGGUUCAGAGGAAACCAUGCUGGAGAGACUCUUCAGCUACUAUGGCUCUGCACAGGGAGAAAACAAAGGAACUGGUCUGCUGCUCCGAGGAGAGAAGCCCCACCUCUUUCUUCUGGGCCACAGCCAUGGGACAGACUGGGUGGAAUACAACACUCAGGGCUGGCUGAGCCACGCCAAGCACAACCCUGCUGCCCAGAAUGCUGCCACACUGCUGCAGGACUCCCAAAAGAAGAACAUCAGUGGGCUGUUUAUGGGCCGGGCCAGUGGGGCCACAGUGUUGUCGGGUUCCAUCGCCGGUCUGGAGGGCAGCUCCCAGCUCGCCCUGCGACGAGCCACCAGCAUGAGGAAGACCUUCACCACAGGCAUGGCUGCUGUUAAGAAGAAGAGUUUAUGCAUCCAGGUCAAGCUCCAAGUGGAUGCUCUGAUUGACAUGGUGCGUCGUUCAAAGGUUCACUUUGUCCACUGCCUGCUGCCCAAAGCUGAGGCGGUGGGAGGAGGUGAUCUCCGUGUGACGCAUGGAGAGAGCCCAGACUCAGGCCUUAUGACUUUGGACGUGGGCCUUCUCAGAGCUCAGCUCCGGGGAUCCAAGCUGCUGGAUGCUCUGCGCAUCCAUAGGCAAGGAUACCCAGACCACAUGGUGUUCUCUGAGUUCCGCAGGCGCUUUGAUGUCCUGGCACCUCAUCUGACCAAGAAGCAUGGCCGCCACUAUCUUGUCACAGAUGAGAAGAGGGCAGUGGAGGAGUUACUGGAGUCCUUGGAGCUGGAGAAGAGCACCUACCACAUGGGGCUGAGCAGGGUGUUCUUUAGAGCAGGAACUCUGUCCAGGCUGGAGGAACAGCGAGAUCUCCAGACUCGGAGGAAUAUCUCUCUGUUUCAGGCUGCCUGCAGGGGAUACCUGUCCAGACAAGCCUUCAAGAAGAGGAAGAUCCAGGAUCUGGCCAUCCGCUGCAUCCAGAAAAACAUAAAGAAGAAUCGUGGUGUCAAAGAUUGGCCAUGGUGGAAGCUCUUCACCACCGUCAGACCUUUGAUAGAGGUGCAGCUCACUGAGGAACAGAUCCGGGGCAAGGAUGAAGAGAUCCAGCAGCUCAAACAGAAGCUGGAGAAAAUAGAGAAAGAGAGGAACGAGCUGAGACUGAACAGUGACCGUCUUGAGAGCCGGAUCACAGAGCUGUCAUCAGAGCUGGCUGAUGAGCGGAACACUGGAGAAUCAGCCUCUCAGCUGCUGGAGACAGAAACUUCUGAGAGACUCCGACUGGAGAAGGACAUGAAAGAUCUGCAGACCAAGUUUGACAGCAUGAAGAAACAGAUGGAGUCCAUGGAGAUGGAGGUGAUGGAGGCACGACUCAUCAGGGCUUCUGAACUCAAUGGAGAGAUGGAAGAUGACGACACAGGAGGAGAGUGGAGACUGAAGUAUGAACGAGCCAUCAGGGAGAUUGAGUUCACCAAGAAAAGGCUGCAGCAGGAGUUUGAUGACAAGCUGGAGGUGGAGCAGCAGAACAAGCGGCAGCUGGAGAGGAGGAUAAGCGACCUGCAGGCUGAUUAUGAAGAAUCCCAACGAAACAUCCAGCAGCUGAAGAAGAAAACCCAGCGGUUGACAGCUGAACUGCAGGACACUAAACUUCACUUGGAGGGCCAACAAAGUCGUAACCACGACCUGGAAAAGAAGCAGAGAAAAUUUGACAGUGAGCUCAGUGCAGCCCAGGAGGAGGUGCAGAGGGAGAAGAGCCUGAGGGAGAAACUGGCCCGAGAGAAAGACAUGCUGACUGGAGAGACCUUCAGCCUCCGACAGCAGCUGGAGGACAAGGACCUGGAGGUGUGUGCAGUCAACCUGAAGGUGGACCAGCUGGAGGCCGAGCUGCUGGACCUUAACUCCCAGGAAUCCAAGGAUGAGGCAUCGCUAGCCAAGGUAAGGAAGCAGCUUCGUGACAUGGAGGCCAAGUUGAAGGACCAGGAGGAGGAGCUGGAUGAGCAGGCUGGCACCAUCCAGAUGUUGGAGCAGGCCAAGCUGCGUCUAGAGAUGGAGAUGGAGCGUUUGCGUCAAACCCAUUCCAAGGAGAUCGAGAGCAAAGAUGAUGAGGUGGAGGAGAUCAGGCAGUCCUGCAAUAAGAAGCUGAAGCAGAUGGAAGUCCAGCUCGAAGAAGAGUAUGAUGAGAAGCAGAAGGUGCUGAAAGAGAAGAGAGAGCUGGAGUCAAAGCUUUUGUCAGCACAGGACAAGGUGAGAGGUGGUGACAUUGAGACAGAGAAACGCUUGAGGAAGGACCUGAAAAGAACUAAGGCUCUGCUGGCUGAUGCCCAGAUUAUGUUGGACCACAUAAAGAACAAUGCACCCAGCAAGAGAGAGAUCGCCCAGCUCAAGAACCAGCUGGAGGAGUCUGAAUUCACCUGCGCAGCUGCAGUUAAGGCUCGCAAGUCCAUGGAAGUAGAGAUUGAAGACCUGCAUGUUCAGAUGGAGGACAUCUCCAAAACAAAACAAGCGUUGGAGGAGCAGCUGAGUCGUCUCCAGAGAGAGAAGAAUGACCUACAGUCCAGGAUGGAGGAGGACCAGGAGGACCUUAAUGAGCUGAUGAAGAAACACAAAGCCGCUGUGGCACAGUCAGCCCAGAACCUCGCUCAGAUCACUGACCUACAAGCCCAGUUGGAGGAGGCUCUCAAGGGGAAGCAGGAGAUUCUGGAGAAGAUGCAAGCCCUCCAGAGCCAGCUGGAGUUCCAGGAGCAGUCCAUGGUGGAGAAAUCUCUUGUCAGCCGGCAGGAGGCCAAGAACCGCGAACUAGAGACCAAAUUGGAGUUUGAGAAGACUCAGGUCAAACGCCUGGAGAGCCUCGUAGCUCGUCUUAAGGAAAACCUGGAGAAGCUGACAGAGGAACGAGACCAGCGCAGCAGCAGCGAGAAUCGAGAGAAAGAACAGAACAAACGUCUGCAGAGACAGAUCCGUGACAUCAAAGAGGAGAUGGGUGAACUGGCCAAAAAAGAAGCCGAGGCCAGCCGCAAAAAACAUGAACUGGAAAUGGACAUUGAGAGCCUAGAGGCUGCUAAUCAGAGCCUGCAGGCAGACCUCAAACUGGCCUUCAAAAGAAUCGGUGACCUCCAGGCUGCCAUCGAGGAUGAGAUGGAGAGUGACGACAAUGAAGACCUUAUCAACAGUUUGCAAGACAUGGUGACAAAGUAUCAGAAAAGAAAGAAUAGAAUUCAGGGGGAUUCAGAAUCAGACUCUGAGAUGGAGGAUCGUGUGGAUGGGGUAAAGUCUUGGUUGUCCAAGAGCAAAGGUUCAACCAAAAAUCUCUCUGAUGACGGCAGUCUCAAGAGCUCCAGAUAUGCUGUAAAUGUUGAUGCAAAGGAAGGGAAAGAAUGGAAAGAGGGUAAGCAAUGGAAAGAGAUGAAUAAAGAGGGCAAAGAGGUAGAAACAAACAGGCCAGUGUCAGUGAUGAGCUCUCUAAGCUACAGAAAACGAUCCAACCCUGAUUCUAUUGCUGGCAAAGGAGAUGCCCUCUUCAGUGCUCUCAGGGAAAAUGCAGAUUCAGAGGACGCUCUGUCCUUCCAUAAGCCCAAGUCCAAAACCUCAGAUGUUCAGGAUGACACCUACAUAGUCAGCUCUAGAAGGAAGUCCCAGGCUGUGGAUGACAUGAACAUCAGAGACUCCGUCAUUUCCCAAGCCUAUUCAGAGGCCAUCAGCCAAGCCAGGAAAGGCAUGGACAGCCGCUGGGGUGACUUUGACAAAGAAUCAACCUUUUCAUUCACUGCACCGAGUCGGGCCUCCACACAUCUUGAGUUAAGCCCAGAACAUGAUUCCAAGUCUACUAUCAGCUUAGGCUCUUCAAGCCCACUUGGACGGCAUCGAAGUGCCUCAUACGUAAAUGAAGGCAGAGUCGGGCGAUCAGUGUAUGGCAGCAAUCCCAGCAGCCCUUGCUUUAGUAGAUGGUCUGGGGGUCGCAGUCCUGGAAGUGUUAGCCAAUCUGAUUCUCAUAUGUCACUGGCACGCAGCUGCCGUCUUAGUGAGUUUGACGUUGAUGUUGAUGAUAGUCGAAGUGUAGCCUUCACUGAGAGGUCGGCGUUUAGUCCUCACUCAUCGACUGGCCGCAGUAUCUCCAUGCCACCUCCACAAGCCAGAUCCACUUUUGAUAAUGACCCACUUGAUAGCUCGGACAUCAAACCAGUCAGUCAUCGCAACUACCUUGAUCCUGACCUGGAGAAAGCUAUCAAUGAAGUGCUGAGUUUUAAACCAAUCAAAUUCAAACGCAGGAGCUUGGAAGAUUCUGAGGGUGAAGAAGAAAAAUCCAGGAAUAAUGUAGAUGACAGCAAAGAUGUUCAUGACAGAGAGAGUGCUCGGCCUACAAGCAGUCUGAGACGUUCUGCAUCUGCUGUGGACUGUAUGAGACCAUCACGCAGUGCCAGCAGCUGCAGCAGUCGCCAUCGCAGCAAGAACAAAGGCAAGAGCAAGAGAAGUAAGAGAAGCUCUGAGUCUGACAGCUCAGGAGACAGGACUCGUCGUCACAGGAGCAACUCCAAGAAGAGGUCCAAAAAGUCCAAGAAAAAGUCCAAAAAGAAGGAUGAAUUUUCGUCUUCUUCCUCAUCUGCUUCACCUUCAGAUUCUGAGUCAGACUCUCCGUCAGACUCAAGCUCAGGUGCCUCCACUAUUUCCUAUCGAAGUUCCAGCAGUGUGAAAAGAGCCCCAGGUCGAAAGGUGUCCAGCCCAGAAGGGGAGGGAGAAGCUGCACCACAGAGUGAGAGCCAACCCCUUAACAAAAAGGAUGAGAAAAAGAGGAAGAAGAAAGUGGACAGCCUGAUGAUGAAGUACUUGUACCGGCCAGACAGUGACUGAUGCAGGGACCCCCCUAGCCAAAGACGCUACUGCUUUGAUAGAUCUGAUGAAGAGAAGGAGGAAGAAGAACAAGAGGAGGGCCGGGCGACUGAGGGCUCUUACUACUCCCGAUACAGAUACAGCAGCCACAUGAAAGAUGAUGACGUUGAG